CGGUGUCGGCGGCGGGACGGGGCGCCCGGCGCUGUCCGCAGCUCCCGGGGCACCGCCGCGCCGCCCCAGCCAUGUCGUCCAGCUCCCCGCCGGGCGAGCCCAAGAGCCGCAGCCUGGGCCGGCUCUCGCUGCCCAGGAGAGGCAGCAUGACGCCCGGCAAGAAGGCGGCGGCGCUGGAGCUGGCCGAGAGCGCCCCGAACGCCCACUACGCCCCGCUGGCGGCCGCGCAGGGCGGGCAGGCGCCCGCGGGAUGCGGCCCCGCGCCGGAGCGGGAGCGGGCGCCGCGCCUGCGGAGCGAGGUGCUGGUGGUGAGCGCCGACUGCCCGCGGCCCCCCGUCAGCCUGGACCCCCGCGUCUCCAUCUACAGCCUCCGCAAGCCCCUGCUGAGCCGCAGCAGCGUCCAGGGCAGGGUCUACAACUUCUUGGAGCGGCCCACGGGAUGGAAGUGCUUCGUGUACCACUUCACCGUCUUCCUUAUUGUGCUGAUAUGCCUUAUCUUCAGUGUGCUUUCUACAAUUGAGCAGUAUGCAGCUCUUGCUACAGGGACAUUGUUUUGGAUGGAAAUUGUGUUAGUGGUAUUCUUUGGAACAGAAUACGUGGUUCGGCUAUGGUCAGCAGGAUGCCGCAGCAAAUACGUUGGAAUAUGGGGAAGGCUUCGUUUUGCUAGGAAGCCUAUUUCAAUCAUUGAUUUAAUUGUAGUUGUUGCUUCCAUGAUAGUUCUUUGUGUGGGCUCUAAAGGUCAAGUCUUUGCAACCUCUGCUAUCAGGGGCAUCCGUUUCCUGCAGAUCUUACGGAUGCUGCACGUUGACCGUCAGGGCGGUACCUGGAGGCUGCUGGGAUCAGUGGUGUUCAUACACAGACAGGAACUGAUAACUACACUCUACAUUGGAUUUCUGGGCCUGAUUUUUUCCUCUUAUUUUGUGUACCUGGCUGAGAAAGAUGCUGUAAAUGAUUCCGGAGAAACAGAGUUUGGCAGCUAUGCAGAUGCCCUGUGGUGGGGAGUAGUGACUGUUACAACUAUUGGCUAUGGAGAUAAAGUGCCACAGACCUGGAUAGGAAAGACAAUUGCAUCUUGUUUUUCAGUGUUUGCAAUCUCAUUUUUUGCACUGCCUGCGGGAAUUCUUGGUUCAGGCUUUGCCCUAAAGGUACAACAGAAACAAAGACAGAAGCAUUUCAACCGUCAGAUUCCAGCUGCUGCCUCACUCAUACAGACUGCAUGGAGAUGCUAUGCUGCAGAAAACCCAGACUCUUCUACAUGGAAAAUAUACAUUCGAAAACCUGCCAGGAAUUAUCAUUUGCUCUCACCCAGUCCAAAACCAAAGAAAUCGGUGAUGGUUAAAAAGAAGAAAUUUAAGUUAGACAAGGACAAUGGGCCUUCUUCUCCAGACAGGAUGUUGGCUAUACCACAUAUCACUUACGACCACGUGGCUGAGGACAGGAAAACUGAUUUCAGUUUUGAACCAUUUGAAAAUUCUGGACAAACAGGAAUGUUAAAAUUACUUGAUUGUCAGCGCUCCUGGCCAUCCUUUUCCACAGACCAGCAGUCUUCCAGCGCUCCUUCCUCUCCAGUAAAAAAGAGCCCAGCGUUUCUAGAUGUGAGCACAGGACCCUUCAUCAGGACCAGCAGCUUUGCCGAUGAGCUUGACCUGGAGGGCGAGACCCUGCUGACCCCAAUAACUCACAUCUCACAGCUACGGGAACACCACCGCGCUGCCAUCAAGGUGAUUCGGAGGAUGCAGUAUUUUGUGGCAAAAAAAAAGUUUCAGCAAGCCAGGAAGCCCUACGAUGUCCGAGAUGUCAUUGAGCAGUACUCUCAGGGCCACCUCAACCUGAUGGUGCGAAUCAAGGAGCUGCAGAGGAGGUUGGACCAGUCCAUAGGAAAGCCAUCUCUUUUUAUCUCUGUCUCAGAGAAAAGCAAAGAUCGAGGAAAUAACACGAUUGGUGCCAGGCUGAACAGAGUGGAGGACAAGGUCACACAGAUGGACCAGAAGCUGAACCUCAUCACGGACAUGCUGCAUCAUCUGGUUUCCCGUCAGCAGGGGGAUCAGGGCAACAACAGAUCCUCUCAGAGAGGCAACAGCAACCUCAGUUCAGAGCUUUUCCUCCCUAACAACACCCUGCCCACCUAUGAGCAGCUGACAGUACCGGGAGGGAACGAAGACGACAUCUCCUGAUGUGGUGCAAGUCUGGGUUGGGUUGUUCCUACUUUUCUCCUCUGAACGGGACUGAGUGUUGAGAACCAGGGAGAAAUUAAGUUCAUCAGCCAACCAAGAAAUCGUGCAACUGCUGUAUCUACACCACUAGUCUCAAACAUGCUGAAGUUACCCACAGUAGCCAAAGGAUUGCCAGGCUGUCUUCCACCAGGCAAAACUUCUGGAAGUUCCAUGUUGAUUUUGUUCCUGAGCAAAUGAUCACAGCUUGUUAUUUCUCAAAAAGACCAAAAUGAUGCAAAGACAGGCAGAAUGGCAAGGAUUUAGAGCUCCUGUAAUAAUAAUAAUAAUAGUAAUAAUAAUAUUCUAAUAAUACUUGAACUUAGAUGGAAAAAAAUGCAUUCUGUUUAUGAAUCUGCAGAUAGCAAUUUAUUUCUAUUACUAAGGUUUUUAAAACAAACUAGGAUAACUUAUGUUGUUUUUAUUGUAUAAACAUACACUAACAUUCUAGACAAUAACAAACCACAUACUGAAUGAUUUUCUUUUUCUGUUUUAUUUUAGUGUUACUACAUAAACAGUUAUCAGAUAAUGACCAGAUUUUUAAAAUCUGUUUUUCUUCAGGGAGGAACUAAUCCUUAAUCUGGAACAAUACUAUUUAUAGUGGAAAGUGCUAUAGAUUUUCUAAGAUAGCAGUUUUUCAUGGGGGAGACAAUAAAGUAUUAUAUAGAAAAAAAAUCAUUCUGCUUUCUAGAAAAUUGUUGCCAAAGAAUUUAUAUAUAAAUAGAAAACACAGUGGUCUGGAUGUACUUGUCCUGAGCAUUUUAAAAGGAAGGCUUUCUACUUCUUAAAUCUACUGGUUUUUAGCUUACAGACGCCAAGAAAAAUACAAGAGGCUGAAGUGGCUGGACUUCACUGGUCAAGUAUUUGAGCUGGCCACUCACAGAACAUCCAUAAUCCCUGCAGGAAUCGAGGCUUCAGUUCAGGAAAGCAUCUCUAAUCCACACAGCACAUAUGACAAUUUUAAUGUUUUCUUGAAUAACAUCUGGAGAAACUCAACCCCGUACAAGAGUGGGUUGGUAUUGACAAGUGCCAGCUCUGUAUUUUAGAGAUUUGAGGGCCUCAGCUACGAGCCAUGGAGCUGAACCACACUGCCCCACAUGAUGAUGACUGCAACAAAACCAGCAGUGUUGGCUUAGUGUGAGUUCUCACACACACAAGGUGGGCAGGAGAUGGGCUUUGAUUACUAAGGCUGAAAUUACCAAGCCUUUGCAGAGACUCAGAACCUGAAUCAUAUCAGUCUUUAAAGCUGACAGCCUCAGGAAAAGCUCUUUAGUCCAACCUGGUGGUAGUGGUAGCUCAAACUGCGGGGAAGCGAGAGACGUGGACAGAUUUAUCAGCUCUUGCACUUCGAGCAUCCUACACAUCCAGUGCACCCUGUUCCCCUCACUGCAGAGCCUGUAGCCCACAGUGGUCUCCCUCUCCUGGGGGGUGCCCUAAAGCCUCAUACCUUGGCACAGCAGUUUAUAUUACCCAUCUUUUGACCAAUAUUACCAACCUGAAAUACUGAUGCAUAAUAAAUGAGAUCACAGGCAACCUUCUCAUAGGGAACUCUCACAUUCUGGGCUUUCUUUCCAACAUUUCAUCGCUUUGACUUGGACUGCAGAGAAAGUCCUGUAUUAAAUAUCCUGUAUUUAACUUUCCAGAUUCUGUUACAGUUAUCCAGCCUCUCUGUUGUACAGUAGAUAAAUGUUAAGGGUGUAGAAAUUUACAGGCAUAAAGAAGAAUUGUAUCAGGGCAUUAUGUUUUCAUGGAAAUCAAAAAUAUUGUCAUGAUUUUGAACAUUUUUUUAAAUGAGAUUCACUAUGUAAUUUCAGGUUAUCAAUCAGCCUGUUAAUUUCCUAAUAAAAUACAGGACAAGA